CAACCUCAUCCGAGCUUCAAGCAACGACAGCUCCUAGACAGAAGCAUACCAAAGGCACGAUGGUCAUCAAUCCUACCUAUCUCGCGCAGCGGACGCGCCAAUCGGUCAAUUGGUCUGAUGCACAGCGGAGGGUUUUGAGGAGCUAUCGAGAAUGGAUCAGAUCUGCCCCGGAGAUUCAGACGAUGUAUUCGCUCAACAUCCCUGUUGCACAAUUGAGGACGAAGAUGCGGCAGGAAUUCGAAAGACAUAGAUUUGUUAAUCAAAUCGGGGUCGUGGAUAUGUUGCUAUUUCAGAGCCAUGCGGAAUAUCAGGAAACAUUGAACUACUGGAAGCAGUUACCACACAUCCUCAAGUACUUCAGAGCAGACGAGGACCCAAAUGCACGACGACCACAGAAUUUCAUGAGUGGUUUCUUGGAGGGUCGUAACUGAGCUUCAUUGUCGUUCCAUAGCUUUGUACAUAUCCCAAUAAACGAGUCGAACUCUGAAG